AUGUCAUACAAAAUUACUCGUGCAUCUACUGGAGAAGGCGCACUACGCACCAUCAAGACAGCGGAAGGGCGUAUCUUGGGUGAUAACGACCAAAGGUCGUUUGUGCGCUUCAACGUCGGUUUACCCGCGAAGCGCGACAAGUUGAUACAUAUUCUGGGGUUUGGUCACCGUGAUCUGGUCUUGCUACUACGCCAGAUAGUAUUUCACUGUUCGUUUAUGGUACCUUUACAAGGGGAUAACGUCACGUACCUUGACGCUCUCAACUUGGUGAUGAUUGCGUCGGACAGGCGUUAG